AUGACUCGUAAAGAUCGACGAACAGCGGAAGGUAGGCAGCAGGCACAGCGUUUUGACCUUGGCACCUGGAAGGGUCUCGCCCCACGUAUUAUGUCUGAGACGCAACAACUCAUGCUCCUCACCCUUCAACUCAUCAUGUGGCGCUGCGUCUUUUCAGAAUCCUUCGACUCAUCAUGUGGAGCUGCAUCUUGUCAGAAUCCUUCAGACGACAAGGACGGCCUGGCAAAGGCCCAUGCAGCUGACGAUGUCGAUCGAACUCGGGAAGUGCCCGAGAGCUUCCCCCUGGUGGGUCGGAACGUGUCCCCAGACUGA